UUGGACAACUACAAUCUCUUGGAUAUCUUCAUAUGUAUGAGAUGAGUUCUAUCUACCAAAUAGGUAGCGAGUUCUACCGAAGUAAUGAAGAAUCAUCAAGUAAUGAGGACGCAUCAUUCCCUUCUUUGGUAGUGCUUCAUUUAAGUGGUUUCCAUAAUUUGGAAGAGUGGUUAGGAGACCAGCGGUCGACAUCAACAUCUAGUUUCUCUCGGCUUGAAAUAUUGAAGAUCGAGGGGUGCUUCAAGUUAUUAAUCACACCGACUAAUUUUCCAGCUCUUAAAAACUUAGAUUUUGAAAUUGUGCUGGAAAAGGAUAAAAUUACGUCUCUACCUCUGAAAUUAUUCUGGGGCGUCAACCUUCUCCAGGCUUUAGUGGUCAAGAAUUGUGAUGAUUUUGUAGGCUUUCUUCCGGAUGAUCAUUGUAACAACUUCCUUUCCAGGAUUGAGAUUUCGAGAUGCCGUUCUUUAACGAAAUUGCCUGCAGACUUCAGAGGAUUGAAUUCACUGACGUACUUAUCUAUUGAAUGGUGUAGUCGUCUUAAAUCAUUGCCAGAUGGUAUACAAUACCUCCCGGCACUUGAGACGCUGAUAAUUGGUGGAUAUUCAAAUGACUUGGAAUAUUUUCCAUUCCCUGCAGCCACCGGAUCAGAUGGUGAACGGUACUUCGUUUCCCUUCGAGAACUAGAGAUACACGGGUGGGUAGCUUUAGGGGAUGUGUUGCCAGGCCAAAUCCAACACGUCACUUCAUUACAGCGUCUCAAAAUAGACUGGUAUGAUGAUCUUUUGAGUUUGCCCGAGUGGUUUGGCAAAUUAUCUUCUCUCCAGGCCUUGGACAUAAAAAAUUGCAAGAAGCUAAAGUGUCUUCCUUCUGAAGAACAGAUGCAACGGCUAACCUCUCUACAAACAGUAACCAUUAGUGGCUGUCCACUUUUGCAAGAUCGAUGUUGUUCGGUCAAUGAAGAAUGGGGUAAGCUUGCAGACUUCAACCUCACAAAAGAUUGGACAGAUGGUUCCAAAUAUGAGAGAAUGGGUGAUAUGACGUCGAGGAAGAGCAGAAAGGGAAAAGAGAAGGUAUGAAAACAUGCUCUUACGAUUAAGUCGAGAAUGCAAGCGGCAUCAUGGAAUUAUUGUGUAGGCAGCAGCAGGUGUUUGAUCAAAGACAUUUGGUUUGAAUAAUAACUUCAGUACUAUUUGUAAAACGAUUGUUUGAAUUAUUCUUUCUGUGUUGAUUUGUUAUACAUAUGUUAUGGAGUCCAAUUUUAUACAUGUUGG